AUGUUCUCGGUGUUGAAUCCCGAGACGAACGAGAUGGUUGCGAUGAAGAAGGUUGCCGAUGCUUUUGACAAUUAUGUGAUCAUAGCUUUAAGAGAUGUAGUUCCUCCACCACUGCGGGAAGAAUUUUCUAAUGUCUAUAUUGCAACGGAACUUAUGGACACUGAUCUACGCCAAGUGAUUAUGUCUGAUCUAAGUUUAUCAGAGGAACACUGCCAGAUCCUUCGAGGACUGAAAUACAUACAUUCUGCCAAUAUCAUUCAUGGAGAUUUGAAACCCAGCAACCUCUUGCUGAAAGCGAAUUGUGAUCUGAAGAUCUGCAAUUUUGGUCCUCCUCGGCCAUCUUUCGAGAAUGGGUUCAUAAAAGAGCGUGGUUUCAGCAGAUGGUACACCGCACCUGAGCUAUUGUUGAACUCUUCAGAGUAUACUGCUGCUGCAGAUGUGUGGUCUGUGGGAUGCAUCUAUAUGGAGCUUAUGAAUAGAAAGCCUCUAUUUCCCGGCACAAGUCGGGUGGACCAGUUGCGCUUGUUGACCAAGCUUCUUGGGACACCCACUGAAUUAGAUCUGAGGCUUGUUCCAAACGAGGAUGUAAGAAAAUGCAUCCGGCGGCUUUUUGAAUAUCCUCGACAGGAGCUAUCAAAUAUGUUCCCGCAUGUCCCUCCGUUAGCCAUUGAUCUUAUGGACAAAAUGUUGGUAUUUGAUCCCACUAGAAGAAUAACAGUUGGGGAAGCGUUAGCUCAUCCUUAUCUUGCUGGAUUUCACGACAUAGCUGAUGAACCAGUCUGUCCGAGGCCAUUCUCCUUCGAUUUUGAAGACUCCAUGGGAGAAGAACGGAUGAAGGAUAUGAUUUACCAGGAGGCUUUAUCUCUCAAUCCUGGGCAUGCAUAA